AGAUGAGAGCAGCAGGUGCAGAAUUCUUGUAGUGAUUUCACUGAAAAUUUUAGUAGACUAAAUAUUACUAUCAUAAGUAAUAACAUUGCGAAGAAAUAUAAUUUCUUAAAAAAAUUUUUAGUACUACUUACAACGCAUGUAAUUACAGCUGUAUCUAAAAUAAAAGAACAAUUUGCACCGGCUCGUACCGCGUAACUGUCUCGAUCGAUUUACCUUGCUUUUAUUCUCUGAAAAUGGAAGCUUUGAUACCCGUAAUAAAUAAAUUACAAGAUGUAUUUAAUACUGUUGGUGCUGACGCUAUACAAUUACCGCAAAUUGUGGUACUUGGUACACAGAGUUCAGGCAAGUCAUCUGUAAUUGAAAGUUUAGUUGGCCGAUCUUUUUUACCACGAGGUACUGGUAUUGUGACCAGAAGGCCUUUAGUAUUACAGCUUGUUUAUACACCUAAAGAUGAGCGUGAACUUCGAACUGCAGAAAAUGGCACUUUGGAUCUGGAUGAAUGGGGCACAUUUUUGCAUAAAAGAAACAAAAUAUAUACAGAUUUUGAUGAAAUUCGCAGAGAAAUAGAAUCUGAAACAGAUCGUAUGGCUGGAACCAAUAAAGGAAUUUGCCCAGAACCAAUCAACCUGAAGAUAUAUUCAACAUCAGUUGUUAAUUUGACCCUUAUAGAUCUUCCUGGUAUUACAAAAGUGCCAGUUGGUGACCAGCCAGAAGAUAUUGAGUCUCAAAUACGUCAACUUGUCUUAAAGUAUAUAUGUAAUCCUAAUUCUAUUAUAUUAGCUGUUGUCACUGCUAAUACAGACAUGGCUACAAGUGAAAGUUUAAAACUCAGUAAGGAUGUUGAUCCAGAUGGCAGGCGUACUUUAGCAGUUGUGACAAAAUUAGAUCUUAUGGAUGCUGGAACUGAUGCCAUUGAUAUAUUAUGUGGUAGAGUAAUUCCAGUAAAAUUGGGAAUUAUUGGAGUAGUAAAUCGUUCCCAACAAGAUAUAAUGAAUAACAAAACUAUCCAGGAUGCAUUAAAAGAUGAAGCUACAUUUUUGCAACGUAAAUAUCCAACUUUGGCAAAUAGAAAUGGGACACCUUAUUUAGCUAAAACAUUAAAUCGCUUACUCAUGCACCAUAUUCGGGAUUGCCUUCCAGAUUUAAAGACAAGAAUAAAUGUGAUGGUCUCACAAUUUCAAACCCUACUUAAUUCAUACGGUGAAGAUGUUGGUGACAAGAGUCAAACUUUGCUUCAAAUUAUUACUAAAUUCGCAAGUAGUUACUGUUCUACAAUUGAAGGAACAGCCAGGAAUAUAGAAACAACAGAAUUGUGCGGUGGUGCACGAAUUUGUUAUAUAUUUCACGAAACGUUUGGUAAAACAUUAGAUUCUAUACACCCGCUGGCGGGUCUCACUAAAAUGGACAUCUUAACAGCUAUUCGAAAUGCAACUGGUCCAAGACCUGCUCUGUUCAUACCAGAGGUUUCAUUCGAAUUAUUGGUCAAGCGACAAAUUCGAAGACUCGAAGAACCUUCUUUAAGAUGCGUCGAGCUCGUACAUGAAGAAAUGCAAAGGAUCAUACAACACUGUGGUACAGAAGUACAGCAGGAAAUGUUACGUUUUCCAAAAUUACACGAACGUAUUGUCGAUGUAGUAACACACUUACUACGUCGACGCCUUCCGCCUACUAAUCACAUGGUUGAAAAUUUGGUUGCUAUAGAACUGGCAUAUAUUAACACUAAGCAUCCAGACUUUCAUAAGGAUGCAGCUCUUGUAUCAUCUUUAUUGAAAAAUAAUGAUGUGGAUCACGUGAAACAAAAUAGAAGGCUUCCCUCUACCACAAGUACAUCAAGUACUAUAAUUCCAAAUGAUACAAGUGCAAAGUCAGUUAAUAGUCAAGACGAAGUAGCAUAUUUUUCCGAGCAGAAUAAAGAUCAACAAGGACAUCAAAAUCAUUGGCUACUAAGUAAUCUCUUGCCUCAGGGACGAUCCGAAUCGAAUAGUUCAAUCGAUGGUUCUCCAGUAAGAAAUCAUGAGCAGAGCAGAGCUUCUCCUAAUCCAAAUCCAGUGAUCGAAGUAAUAAGAACAUCUUCGCAACAGAAACCAAUAAAUCUACUGCCAGAGGUACCUAUGCAAACAUCUCGCAAACUUAGCGAACGGGAACAACGAGACUGUGAUGUAAUUGAAAGACUAAUAAAAUCAUACUUUUAUAUUGUACGAAAAUCUAUACAAGAUAGCGUACCAAAAGCUGUCAUGCAUUUCCUAGUCAACUAUGUAAAAGACAACGUACAAAGUGAACUCGUAACGCAUCUGUAUAAAUCGGAUCAUGCCGAAGUACUUUUAAAUGAGAGUGAACACGUUGCUGUUAGACGUAAGGAAGCAGCAAAUAUGUUAAAGGCACUAACACAAGCUGGUCAUAUUAUUAGCGAAAUCCGAGAGACGCACAUGUGGUAACUGAGUCUAUACAUAACUCACGUCAUCAGUUUCUAGUUCAAUUUAGACAUUUUGGUGAUUUAGUAGCUAAACUGUCUACUGGAAUCACGUGUAUGUCAAGCUACUUUGUGUAGUUUAUAUUUUUUAUGCAAGCAGUGUUUUCAAGAUCUAAGAUCUUUAGUUUCAGUUUAUGGGUAUAAAAGAACACGAUUAUCAUAACACGUGCAUUUAAUAGUAAUUAUCGAUAUUGAGCAAUCGAAAUAUUACUACUAGUAACGAUGGUGCUCAUGCCACAGUUCUACAUCAAAAGCCUUAUCAAAUUUAAAUGAAUGUCCAGCCUAGUUGAAAAGUAAUUGUGAAGUGUCGAAACAAGAAGUAAACCACCAUGAAUGCA